AUGGUGCUCUCCAUAUUGAUUCAACGCACUGUAUUAGACACUGUAGAGACAGCUGCACCGACAUGUCGACGACGUCUGACCUCACAGCUCUCAGCCUCCAUACAGACGACAGAAGUAAACAGCAAAGCACCACAACAGCACCAUCGCGAAGCUCGAGACACCUGCAAAACCCCAACGGAGCAUAAACUCUCGGAAUCGAAUACCAAAAUGGCGCAAGGCUACAGCAUCUUCAUCGGACUCGUCGUCGUUGUGGCGAUGGGCGCCGGCGCAUGGUUCUUGUCGCCCAAGGGCGAGACGCAAAUCAUUUGGAGAUCAUCCCUCCUCCUGGCUCUCGCAUGCUGCUACCUCAUGUGGGCUAUCACGUUUCUCGCCCAACUCCACCCUUUGAUCGAACCCAAACGCAGCAACCUCCGCGAAAGCGCUGUGCACCACUGA